AUGGAAACAUCAAUAAAGAGGAGGAAAUGUACAGAGGAGAAAGGAAACAUUGCAACUAGUGAGUUUGAUAAGUUGACUGCUGAUCUUAUAACCUCAAUUUUUGUUAGAUGCCCAGUGAAGACAUUAUCCACAUUAAGGUGUGUAUCGAAGUCAUGGAAUGACCUUAUUGUUAGUCCUCCUUUCUAUUCUCACCACCUGAAACAAUCAAUGGAAAAUGCCCCCCAACUUCUUGUUAUGGAUCGCUACUUAUUAGGGGCAACAAAGUGUAGGCUACGAUUUGUUUCAGUAGGCACGGAAGUAGAGGAGGGAGAGAACAAUGAAUUAUACAAUGACACAUUCCCUCCUCUCUUUUGGUGCUCUUGGCUUGUAUGCUAUGGUUUGGUUUGCAUUUCAGCAGGAGAUCGUCGUAUUUUUUUGUGUAAUCCUGCCAUGCAACAAGUGCGUCAAUUGCCAAAAUGUUCACGUACUGCUUUACCACCUAGAAGUGAGCAUUUUGGGUUUGGAUAUCUACAUUCAAAGAAUGAAUACAAAGUGGUGCAUUUUUUCUAUGGGCGUCCUGCAUCUCGUCGUAGUAGGUAUCCGGGACUUGCACAACUAAGAUGCGAGGUGUUUACUAUAAAUGGGGUUGGUGGCAUUUCUAAUAGUAGAUGGAAAGAAAUUGCUGAGAUGCCUCUGUAUCAUCCGUACUUGACAGGGUUGUUAGUAAAUGAAUGCAUGUAUUGGCUGGCUGGAGUACGUCUUGAUGCCAAACCUAAUAGAAUUUUUUCGUUUGACUUUGAAAAUGAGAAAUUUCUCACUAUAUCUCAGCCAUCGUCUUUUAAGACUCUUUCUAACCUGAAAUGUUGGAUCUGA